AUGCCGCUGCAUAAGGACGAGUGGGUGCGCAUUGGGGCGCCUGAUGCAGUUCUGGACUGGAUUAUGAAUGGUGUGCCGGUGCCUGUGCGUGACAUUCCAGAGCCCCGUGUCUUUGAAAAUCCCUGUUUUAAUGAACCAGAGAAAAAGUUUUUGGAAACUGAGCUGAUGGCGCUAGAAAAGAGAGGUGUUAUAGCAAAAGUAGCUGACGUGCCGCAUUGUGUCUCCCCUUUGAAGGUUGUUCCAAAGAAAAAUUCCAAAUAUCGCCUCAUUUGUGACUUAAGAUAUGUGAAUUCUCACUGUGAUGUGCCACAUUUUUCGUCAGAAGGUGUUUCUGUCCUGCCAGAGGUUAUGAGAGGUGGUGAGCUGGCGGUCACUGUAGAUUUAAAGGACGGAUUUUAUCAUUUCCCUGUCCGUGAAGAGUUCAGAACGUAUCUGGGUUUCCAGUAUGGUGGAUGCUGGUAUGUGUGGUGUUUUCUACCAUUUGGUUUGGUGGCUAGCCCGUACUAUUUCCACAAAUGUGUUCGUGUGGUCAUAGAGUAUAUGAGAGGGACCGAACGCCUGUCGGUCAUGGCCUACGUAGAUGAUUUUUUAUUGACGUCAACGAAGAAUAGAAUGGCCAGUGACGUGAAAAUAUUUUUAGAUACUUUAGCUUCAUUAGGAUUGUGUGUCAACUGGGAGAAGUCGUGUUUGGAGCCGUCAAAUGUUGUGUCUUAUUUGGGUUUCGAUGUGCACUGUGCGUCUGAGGGUGAAUUGCCGUUCAUUACUGUGCCAAAAUGCAAAGUGUCGAAGCUGAAGCAGGAUAUAGGUAGGAUGUUAAAGCGGCCCACUGUGUCGGCGCGUCUGCUGGCUCGCAUCGCGGGUAGGUGUAUCAGUAUGAUGGCAGCGGUGUUCCCGGCCAAGCUGAAGUUGCGGAACAUUUACCGUCUGUUGAAUUCUAGGAUGUCUUGGGACGAGGCAAUGCCGUGGUCGCCCGAGGCCAGAGAGGAUCUGGCGUGGUGGCUUACAUCGCUGGACGGGUGGAACGGCCGGCUGCUGGUGCCGCCGGCCAGCUGCGACUUGCAGCUCUCCACCGACGCGUCCGAGACUGGCUGGGGAGCGACACUUUCCACCCCGGUCGCUCAAACCGCCUCGGGUUUCUGGCGGCCAGAGCAGUUGGAGCGCAUGUUCGGCCCGCACACGAUCGACCGGUUCGCCUCCCUGUCUACGGCGUUGCUACCGGUCUACAACAGCCGCUUCAGGGACCCCGGUACCGCUGGUGUGGACGCUCUGGGUCAGAACGAUUGGCAACAGCACAACAACUUCAUAAACCCGCCCUUCCGGCUAGUCGCACGUGUGCUGGACGCGGUGCAGGCGCAGCGUGCCGAGGCCACGCUGAUUGCCCCGAUGUGGCCAGGCCAGCCAUGGAUGGAGCGGCUGCGGCGGCACAGCGUCUGCCCGCCGCUGCGGCUGCCGCCUGUGACGCAGGCCUGUAUUCCACUGCUACCGCACCAGCAGAUAGAGCCGCACCGCAACAGACGGUGGACUCUGUUCGCCUGGCGGAUCUCUGGAGAGCCCGGUUAGAGGCGCUCGGCUGGUCUCCUGCUGCACGUGAGCAGUUCCCUCUGUGUUUGGCUCAUUCCACUCACGCGAAUUAUGACAGAUACAUCUGUAAGUUUAAGGAAUUUUGUAGAAUACGUGAAUUGAUUUUUCCACCGGUAGAUGGCGCGGUAGUGGCUGAUUUCCUGGUAGGCGAGUGCAGUGUGUCUGACAGACCCCACUCUACGUUACGCUGCUUGUCAGCAGCCUUGGCUGCACUGUACGAGGUGAUGGGAGUAGCCAACCCACUCCACGAUCCCCUUCUCGUGCGUCUGUCUCAGGCCAUUGUGAAAAGCGGCACACGGGC